GGCCAGAGAAUGGCCUUGCCGGAGAUCCCCGACGAGCUCCUGGUGGAAAUCCUCCUCCGCUUCCCCACCGCAGCCGACCUCAUCCGCGCCUCGGCUGCCUGCGUCUCCUUCCGCCGCCUAAUCGCCGACCGCUCCUUCCCCCGGCGCUUCCGCAAGCUCCACCCCCCGCCGCUCCUCGGCUUCCUCGACCCCGAGCGGCACCGCUUCCACCCCGCCGUCCCGCCUCACCCCUCCGCGCCCGCGGCCAGGGCCGUCGCCAGCGCCGCCGACUUCUCCUUCGGCUUCCUCCCCUCCCCGUCCCGGCGCUGGUUCGUGCGGGAAGUCCGUGACGGCCGCGUGCUCCUCGACAGACCCCGCCGCCUCUACGCCGGUGAGGUGUUCGGACCUCUCUUCAAGGAAAUGGCUGUGUGCGACCCCUUGCACCGGCAGUACCUCUUGCUUCCUCGGAUCCCCGAUGACCUAGCCGCUUCUGUCGUGGGCGCACAAGGGUCGUGCUAUGCCGACUCAUUCCUCGUCCCUUCCGGCUACGACGACGAGGAGGAGGCAGCUGCUACGGAGGAGCCAUCAUUCAGGGUGAUCUGGAUGGUGCUGCUCCAAAACAAGCCGGUGAUCGCUGUCUUCUCUUCCGGCACAGGGCAAUGGCGAACCGUCCCAUCACCGACUUGGAGCGAGAUGUCACCUGGCUUCGUGUUAUCGACACUGUUUAUCUUCAUGAGGCGCCAUUACGCCCAUGGCUGUUUCUACUGGAUUUCAGGCUCCACUGAAAAAUUGCUGGUGCUUGACAUCCGCAGGAUGGAGCUGUCCGUGGCUGACCACCCGCCCUGUGAAAGAAAUCCGGCUGAUGAUGUGACCAUCCUGGAGGCAGGGCAAGGCACAACUCUGCUGUUUGUGCUUAAGCGCAGCACGUCUCCCGUUACUUAUACUGUUUGGCGAAACAAUGGUGGGAGCUCCACCCAGUGGCAGAUGGACAAGACAUUCUCGCUGGAUUCUGGGUCCUUGCUCACAGGUGCAGUGGGGAGGCACUUGCUCCUAUAUCAUGGCGGAAGCUCAGUCAAGCGAGAUUGUUCCACGCAGGACGUUGACACAUUCCAGCUUGACAGGGUGUGUGCCACAUUUCCCAAACCGUCACACGCAUAUUGCAACCUCCCGCCGUCGUUAUUAUCAUCACCGACAGUGUCAAGUGGCGCACGCCGCGUCUGCGCUGAUGCCCAGGGAGCAGGGGAUUAUGUGCUGGUGCCUAAACUACGAGAAGCUGACCCUGGCGGUGUGCAAGGACCUGUUGUUGCAGCGGCUGCCCGAGCUCCGCCCCCCUCUUUCGUCGUCGAAGCCACACCCCAUGCUGAUGUCCGGGAAGCGGGGGACGCUGUGCGGACGCUUGAACCACGAGAAGCUGGCUCCGGAGGCGUGACCUUGUGCAGUGCAGGCACACCCCAGGGAGCGGGGGACACUGUGCCGGUGCCUGAAGCAGGAGAAGCUGGCCCUGGAGGUGUGCAACGACCCGUCCUCUCAUCUGCCGCCCAAGCCCCAAACCCCUUGCUCGACAACAAUGGCGCGGAGGCGGGUCGUGGUGGGGCCAGAAGGAGGCGCUGGGGCUGGGGCUGGGGCUGGGCCUGCGGAGUCUGCAGGGGCCGGGUAGCCGAGGUGCGAGGAGACGAGGGACCGGAGUAGUAGUUCCAAGGCGUCCUGAAUGUGGUAGGCUGCUAGCUAGAUGGUGACAUGGAGCGACCUGAUGAUCCUUUUUGUAAAGCUUAUUUGCUUGAUUUGUGCCAUGUUGGUCGCUGGGUACGAGCGAGGCACACGAGCAAGAGUGGCAGGAUAUGACUGAUCGACGGUGCAGUUCAUCUUCUGUCGGCAAACCCAUUAUUACCUGGCAACAAGUACUUGAUUGCCGAUUUUGUUGUGGACAGGGCUGGACUUGGUGUUAGGAAGUAACCGACAGUAGCAUGAACUUCAUCUUCAUGAACUGCAAGGGCACUCAGGCAUGCUCUUCAGGUACAGUUUCCAUCUUUGUUUUGUGCAGCAAACAAUCUGGAUUCAUUUGUUUAAAAGAUGAUUUUGACAGCUUGGCAUGGGAGUACCACAUAGAUAUAGGUUAGAAGUUCUUUGGAUCCUGGAGACAUGCACAUAUGUAU